CCGCCGCCGCCUGGGGCGGAAGCGAGGGCGAGCGGCGGCCGAUGCCGUGCCGCGAGGAGCGGGCAUGGCGGACGGGACGCGCUCGCUGAGCGGCGGCAGCCCGGGCUCCAGCCCGCUGCUGGGCGGCCGGGGCCGCGCCGCGGUGUUGGCGGGGAGCGGCCCGCCGGGCCACAGCUUCCGCAGGGUGACCCUCACCAAGCCCACCUUCUGCCACUACUGCACCGACUUCAUCUGGGGGCUGGCCGGCUACCAGUGCGAGGUUUGCAACUUCAUGUCUCAUGAGAAGUGCCUCAAGAAUGUCAAGAUACCAUGCUCAUGUAUUGCUCCAAGCCUUGUAAGGGUUCCAGUUGCACACUGUUUUGGCCCUCCAGGACAUUACAAAAGAAAGUUUUGCACUGUGUGCAGAAAGUCAUUAGAGUCAUCUGCCUUUCGAUGUGAAGUAUGUGAGCUACACGUGCACACAGACUGUAUCCUGUUUGCUUGCAGUGACUGCAGACAGUGUCACCAGGAUGGGCACCAGGACCACGACACUUACCACCACCACUGGAGGGAGGGAAACCUUUCUUCAAGUGCUCGUUGUGAAGUUUGCAAAAAAACUUGUGGCUCUUCUGAGGUGCUGUCUGGCAUGAGAUGUGAAUGGUGUGGCAUCCUGGCUCAUGCUGCUUGCUACGUAAUUGUCACACCAGAAUGUACUUUUGGAAGGUUAAGAAAUAUGAUUCUUCCUCCAAGCUGUGUGCAGUUAUUUUCUCGCAACUUCAGCAAACUGCAUUGUUUUCGAAUAUCAGAAAAUUUGCAAACAGAAUCAGAUGAAGAUGACGAUGUUGAUGGGUCAAUACAGGCAUCAGCCAAAGAUAUCCAAAUUUCGACAGAUUCAAGUAAACAAACAUUAAAGAUAUUUGAUGGGAAUGAUGCAGUGAAACGCAAUCAAUUUCGACUGAUUUCAGUUCCAAGGAUUGCAAAAAAUGAAGAAGUUGUGGAGGCUGCUUUGAGGGCAUACUACAUAAAUGAUGACCAGCAGGAAUACGAGCUUCAGACCUUUACGCAGCAGGCGCUGCUGUCUGAUGAUGUUAUCAACAGGAACGAUGCUGCCGAGGACAGCAACUUCGGCUCAGUAUUCCGAGAAUCUGUUCCUGAAGCUUGGAUUAUCAGAGCCAAACCAAAAGAUGAGGAAGUGAUCAGAAUUUAUCCUGCUUGGCUGAAGGUGGGAAUGGCAUAUGUUUCUCUACGAGUAAAUAAAGAUAGCAGUACACAGACUGUAAUCAAAGAAGUGCUUCCGUUACUUGGAAGGCAGACCGAGCGCCUCCAGAAUUUCAUAUUGGUGGAAGUGCUUAUGGGCAGUAAGCAAGUUCAGCGCAUGGUCUUGGACAAUCAGGAGCUGAUUCUUAACAGACUCAAGGACAUCAGAAAGACGUCAAUACGUCAGAUGAAUCAAACAAGAUUUUACAUUGUGGAAAACAGUAAAUCCAUUGUGCGAGUAAAUUUAUUUGUUGGUGGCCUUCCACCUCAGCUUUCCCCUGAAGAAUACACAAAUAUUCUCAAGGAUGAGUUAGCUAUCAAAACAAAUGUAGUAUCUGUGAGUCAUGUUUAUCAAGCGCAAGGUGCUGUUGUACUCGAAAUUUCAUGCUUUUCUGAAGCUGAAAGAAUAUAUAUGCUAGUUAAAGAUACAACUGUCAAUGACAAGCCUCUGAACACUGUGGUGAUUCCUGAAGUUAGGGCUUCCAAGAUACCACAGAACUGCUGCCCACUUCUUGUAUUUGUGAAUCCAAAAAGUGGAGGUCUAAAAGGUCGGGAUCUGCUGUACAGUUUUAGAAAGCUGCUAAACCCACAUCAAGUCUUUGAACUUACGAAUGGUGGCCCACUGCCUGGGUUUCACACAUUCUCUAAAGUCCCCUCCUUCCGAGUGUUGGUAUGUGGAGGGGACGGCACUGUUGGCUGGGUCCUUGGUGCACUGGAAGAGAUCAGGCACAAGUUGGCAUGCUCAGAGCCCUCAGUUGCCAUCUUACCUUUAGGAACAGGUAAUGACUUAGGGAGAGUCUUGCGCUGGGGAGCUGGCUACAGUGGGGAAGACCCCUACUCGAUUUUGGUUUCCGUGGAUGAGGCGGAUGACGUUCUUAUGGAUCGCUGGACUAUCCUUUUGGAUGCAGAAGAGCCAGCUGAAGGUGCAGAGAAUGGCAUUGCAGAACCUGAGCCUCCAAAGAUUGUACAGAUGAACAAUUACUGUGGUCUUGGCAUCGAUGCAGAGUUGAGCUUGGACUUUCAUCAUGCUAGAGAAGAAGAACCAGGGAAAUUUAACAGCAGGUUUCACAACAAAGGAGUUUAUGUGAAAGUUGGGCUGCAGAAGAUAAGUCAUACCAGAAAUCUUCACAAAGACAUAAAGCUUCAAGUGGACCAGCACGAGGUGGAAUUACCAAGUAUAGAAGGACUCAUUUUUAUUAAUAUACCCAGCUGGGGGUCUGGAGCUGAUCUCUGGGGGUCUGAGAGUGAUAGCCGCUUUGAGAAACCGCGCAUUGAUGAUGGCCUGCUGGAAGUUGUUGGUGUGACUGGCGUCGUUCACAUGGGUCAAGUCCAAGGUGGUUUUCGAUCAGGAAUCCGCAUAGCCCAAGGCUCAUACUUUCGUGUAACACUGCUAAAACCAAUUCCAGUUCAAGUUGAUGGAGAGCCCUGGAUUCAGGCCCCUGGCCAGAUUAUUAUUUCUGCUGCAGGACCAAAGGUCCAUAUGUUGAAAAAAUCCAAGCAGAAACAGAAAAAAACUGGAAGCCUGAGAGAAAUGAGAGUGGAUAGCAUGUCAGUCUCUGAAGGAGGACGCUAAGUGGAGACCUGUGUUCAGAAAUAAUGCAGCACACCUACUGUAGAUACGAAGAUGGUUCGGUAAAACGGAGUGCAGACGACUAGUGAAGAGGGUUGCUCAUGAGCGUGCCUUUCAUUACAUUUUGACAGGACUGGGUUCUACUUCAUCUUUCAAAGACAGUGCCUCAUUAUUACAAAUAACUAUUAUGUACUUGUCUCAUCUGAAAUGUUUCCUUUGGGUUGCUUUUCCAUAAGCCAUUUCCCAGGUUUUUCGUGUAUAUAGAAAAUGAGGCCAAACAGAGAUUCCAAGAUGCUGAGAUUUCUGCAUCUACCUUCACAAAGACUCUUCCUCUUUUCCCAGCUGUUUCUUAAAGAAAAUCAUUCCGUAGAUAAUUUUUGGUGCAUUGUGCCAUAAAUGAAAAUGUGUUCCUUUAAAUUAAUGCUCGCAGUACCCUCCCAACCAAAAAAAUGCAAAGAAUGAGCUGCUGAGAACUCCUUGGAUCAGUCCAAAUAGCACAGCUGAAACAGCGCUACUGUAAAGAGAAAAAUACAAAACCCAGGAGAGAAGAUUUCUGUAAAAGGAGUCCCAUGCACGGGGAAGAGAUAAAGUACUAGAACAAUUGAGUUGAAAUACUUCAGAGAGUUCGCUUCAGCAGUGUUUGGACAGUAUGAAUGAAGGGGAAGUAGCUUGUACAGCAAGUUCUCAACUGCAGCUUAGUUUCUCCUGCAUUAUUCAGUCAAAGCCUGUUUUAAAAGCUAUUUGAAUUUCAGCAGCUACCACUCUAAUUUAAAAAAGGAACAAGAAUACUAAAGGCAGUAUUACAUUAUACUGAUUUUUUCUAUCACUGAAACCAUUAUCUUUGACAGCAGGCCUCUCUUCUUGUCUUUACUUGUGCUGUUUCAUUUUCAUUAAUUUGUGACAGUUGGACUGUUAUUCAAGCUCAAGGACUAAAAAAAUCAUCACUAAUUAGGGUAAAAGAAAUACCUUAGUGUUAAGUAAAUUAGCACAGUCAUAUGUUAGAGCUGAAGUACAGCAUAGCUUCACUGAGGAGCCUUAGGAGGUAUUGAAGCCUGUAGCGUGCAUGUGAUAUUCUGUAGGCUUCAGAUAAUGGAAUGUGAUAGCUGUCAUGAAAACUCAUGUACCUGGCCAGCCUUCCCAGGUCCUUGGUGGGUGGUGUCAUCAGGUGUGGGCACAGGGGCACAGUGGCUGUCUUUUCUCACUUGGAUGAGUGUGUGCUCUUCAGAGGCUGUUCCUCUGUCACCUCCUGUGAGACUGAGGUCACCUCUCUGUGCUUACCCAUCUGCUGAAGAUGUGGGGGUCCAGUACCUAUUUCAGAGCUUACUGCUAGAGGCUGGUGCUCGAGCAGACAUGCUGCUCCUGUCAUGCACUGCACGCGUCUGCUGCCCGUGGCCAUAGCUGUGUUGAUCUUCACUCACAUCUCUGCUGUCUCAUCUCACCACUGGUUCUCCAGUGACUGAACCUUUCGCCUCAGGUCAACAUCGUACACAAGGGGCCCCUCUGAGCUAGUUGUGCAGGGGGCCUGCAGCAUUUUGCCACUCGUGGGCAUCUGCUGCUUGGAGCUACUUAAGCUGUGUUGUCGGGAGCCCACUUAGCUAGCCAGUGGGCUAGCUUGUCCUCUGUUGCAUGGUAAUAACUAAUUCAGCUAUGGAUGCCACGAAUUCAUCACUCAAGUGACAGCUUGAGGAGCAUUGCUGUCACUCAGUAUCUAGGAAAACAGCUCCAGCUGCUGCAGGGGACUUCAGUGUAUAUGCCAAAGCCAUAUUCUAUUGGAGCCAGUUACGUUCUGAGGCGCUUCUUGUUGGGUCUUGUUGGUCAGUCUGUACUCUUAAGCACUGUGCCAACUUCAGCAAAUCUGAUCAUCACUUGUGCUUUCUACUUUCCAGUCACAGUGCAGACAAGGGCGUGAAUGUGGGUGCUACAAGAAUAUAGCAAUCUAUAGCAACAGAAUGAUACAGCUAAAGCUGUAAACUGACAAAAGAGCCAUGCAAAAAUGGCAGCUGCCCACAGCCUCUCCUUCCUGUCUAGUGAUUCCUUCUGUUCUUAGUGUUCUGGUAGAGAUGUAUUUGGAGGACUGACUCCUGUUUUCAAUGGAGCCUGUUUUAUUGUUUAAAUUGUUAAUUUAAUUUUAGGGUUGUUCUUCAGGUACCACCAUGUGGACUACAACUUGCCUUUUUAUUCAACAUGCAAACUAGAUUCAUGCUAUGAAGGAGAUGGUGUGGGUAGUACAGACCUAAAAUCCUCAUCUCCUGAUCAUUAAACACAGUGUUGUCUCUGCUUCAGAACCUGGUCUUGAAGGAUCAGCUGGAGCUUUUCUGACAUCCUAGUACCAGCAUUACAACUAGUAAGAGUGAAGUUGUGUUUCAGGGUAUGCCCUCUCAGGAUGAAGCUCGCUAAUUAGAGAGGAAAUCUGAAACAGAUUGCUGCUUACAAUUGCCCAGAAAGCCAGAGAAGCUGCUUUGUGUCCUCAGGGCAGCAAAAAGAAUGCAUGGUCUUUCCAGUUGCUGAUUCAGUAAUGGAGAGGAAAACUUGACUUUUUGUUACAGAAAAUAUGCGUGGGCUCCAAGCUUGCUGGUACUGACCCGUCUUGUGAAGCCCAAGUAAAUAAACCUGUCUUACUGUUUUUCCAGACGUAGAUAGUUCUGCAGCAUGCAGCUGACCGUGGUUUGUGUUCUUGGCUCUUUAAGGGCCUGGCUGUCUCUCCCUUUGCUCAGUGCCUGGUAUCUGAAAUAACACGAGACUCUUGAGUCACAGUAUUUUAAUCAGAGGGCCCCUUACUGUGGUGUAUCCUUCCAUGGUGAUUUUCCGUCUCUGGAACACUGGACCAGCCUGUGUACAGUGAUAGCGUACUGACAGGAUAGCGUCGUGGCAACAAGUGACACAGAAGGACGAAUGUGUUCUCACAACUGCCAGAGGGGAUCCUGGGGGAGGACAGGAAAGCUUUGAGUUUUCUUUUUUCUUUCCCUUUUCUUCUUUCCCAGAAACCAGCUUCCACAUGUUUUUUGAGCAGAUGAGUGCCACACUGGAAUGAAAAUGUAUCUUAAGAAAAACACACUUGGCGUUUAAUGUCUCUACGCAUCAUAAAAUAAUGCUUGGUGUGUUUUGAAGACGGAACAGAUUCCUAGGCAGUUGAGAUAGGAAAGGUCCUGUAAAGUUUUAAAAAGGGGAAACUCAAUAUUUAACCCCUCUGUUAAGAUGUUUCAGUUUCAGGUACUGUAAUGACCAGUAUAACAAGACUUCUUUUUAUUAUUAUUAUUAUGUUAUGGGGUUUUUUUAUUUUUUCAUCAUACAUGGUCUCUGAGAAGGCCUAGUAUUUUAUUUCAUAGUAUGUAAGACUUCCUUAAAGAGAAAACUCUUUGCAAUUAAUACAAAGCAUUUUGACUUAGCCUUUACAUUGAACAAAACAAUGCAUGACAAUUCACAUGAUAGUGGGCAGAUAAGUGAUUCUCAGCACUGAGUCUUUAAGUAACCUUGUGCGAGAAUCUAGUGGUCACACAGCCAAGUGCUAUUAAUAAUUCAGUAACAAGAGCAUUGGGGAAGAGGCUCUGUUCUGUCAAGACAGGUGUUAAUCAACAUCCAGAACACUGAACCGGUGUGGACAGGGCAGAGAUGGAGGCUCAUUGCUAUCCUGAGCACACUCCAUCCUCUCUCCACUGCCUCGCCUUUUUACCUUGUCUAUAAACCAUGGCAGGCACAGCUAGCGUCUCCCUGCUGAAUUACACACUCCUGACCUUUUACUAGUGUCCUACUCUGCUUUGCCAACAUGGGGGAGAGAGGGGUCCUGAAAAUUAUGGUUCAUUUCCAAUACCCCACUCCUGCAGAAGAGAGAAGGUGGUCAGUGGGUUAAAAUCUGUUUUGAUGGUUGAAACACAUUACCUCUGUCUCAAGAGAACUGAAAUGCAAAAGCUCAUCCGUGAGAUGACAGGUACUACUUCAGAAAAUUUGCUGCUUUUUACCCAUGGCUUUUAUACUUGAUUUGUGUAGUUUAAAUGCCAAGAACCUUUUGUUCAUAUAUGUGUAUAUAUGUGUGUGUUUAUAUACAUAUGCUGUUAAAAAUAGGCCUUAUGAUAUUUCCCGUCACAGUGCCUAGUUGUACAGCUUUUACAGUGUUACAGCAUUCUGAUAGCACUCACUUUUGGAUCUAUCAUCAGCUUUGGAGAGGAGGCAGAGCUUGCUUUUGUACUGAUCCCACUGAGCUUCCCAGCAGAUGCUUCUAAUGGGCAUGUGCUCUUCCACAAGACAUGAUGGCAAUAUAGUGAAAGCACAACUGCAUUUAGAGUACAGUCACUGCAUGUGCACAAUUUGAACUCUUGCUCUUUCCAGAUUUUAAUCAAGUCUUUGUGUGUCUAAAAUCAAUGGCAAUGGCUACCGUAGCAUUUGGAAAACUAGAAGCUGUAGCAUAGUCCGCUGCAAGACUUAAGUAAGGAACAAAACUAAAUGAAUUGUUAUAGAAUGUUUUUCAGUGAAGAAAAUCUUCACAGUUACCCUCUUGUAAGUAUUGUACAGAUUGCAUUUCUUUAAAGAGCAAAUAAUGUUCUUGUUUUGAAUAUGAACUGUUUGGAAUCACUAAGCAUUUAUGCGUGUCCAUUACUCUGCAGCAGUCUGUUUGUAAAUCUGUCAUUGAAUGAAGCCUCAUUUUGUGGGAGAAGGUAAAAGGAGCUGUUGUGACACUUAAAAAUUACUUAUGUUGCCAGCACAAUAGAUUUAGCUGCGUAGGUAUUCUGUAAUGUGCUGACUAUGCGAGCAGGUGUGCCCUGUGUUGCAUAGCCACAGGUCCAUACACCGGCACUGAAACUGGGGAUACGUUAAGAGUUGUGCAUUUGAGAGACCUGGCAGUAUAUUCUUCCAGUCCGUACCUCAUACCUCUUCCUUCAUCCUUCACAGUAACUGCGUUUUCUGACAGGCUGCCUUGCUGCGCUUUGGGCCCAGCCUUUAUACUGAAACUGGUAACAAGGGCAUGAGUACGUGGUGGUGAAUGUGUGUGAAGAGCAGGGGAAUGGAGACCCUGCUCUAAAAUACCACUCUGACUGUUCGUUAAUUUCUACUUCAGCUUCUACUUCAGCCAUUUAGCAGCUGUGCAGCAAAGCCUCGGCAGCUACUGAACACCUUGGAUUCAUGGUGACAGCAUUGCCUCAUUUUCAGGCUUUGAUCUUCCAUGCACCAGUGCAUGUAUCAGUUCAUAGACUUUUUGCACUUAACAGAAAAUGCAGGUUAGGUAGGCUUAGGGUGUGGCAAAAUUGCAAUGUUUGUACUUUUUUGUAAAUAUGGGGAUGAUUCUACAGAUACAAAAAUGCACUUUCGGGUAACAGUGAAAACAAGUUUGUAGAAUGCAGCUGUUUAGGAGUUUCUCUGAGUGCAGGGUUCCUUGAUUCCCAUCCAUCUCUAAUACUGUGUUUUCCUUGAAAGCCUGCUUGGGAAUGAGAGAAGGUAUCUUCUUCCCAUCACAGUGUGUAUUUGUAGCUGACUGACUGAAAGUUCACAUAUGUAUUUUUAAACCAUUAAAAAUUGGCUGCUAUUCUAAGAUUUAGGUUUAUUAGACUGAUUUUAUAAUGCUUAAAAGUAAUUUUCAAGUUUUAUUUAUAAUGUCAACAUUUACUGAUUUGACACUUGGCUGGUAGGAGAGAUCCAGCUCAAAGCCUUUGUUCCUUUUGCUAUUUAAUGUAUGUUUUUAACAGUGUAGCCAUUGUAUGUGUAGAAUGCAGUGGAAUCAAUGCAAAUUAUUAAUCUUGACCUGCAGUUAGACUGGCAGUUUCAAUGUUUACAGGUUGGUGACUAUUGAUUGUAAACUCAUACAUGUCAGUUGAAACUGCACUCUUUCCGUUUUUUGGAAGCAUUGUUUCUGCUUCCCAUGACAACGAAAUAGUGGCCUUCUGGUUUAGAUACCUGGUUAUCUCCCUUUGGAGGGAUUUAAAUGAGGAUGAUGACUUUUCUGCCGUGGACCUGUUGGACAGAAUUUCUACUGAUACAAGUGUCGUAUUGAACGUGUUUUCCAAAGGAUUGACUUUAUUUUUUGUGAAGAUAAUUUAUGAGAAUGUUUUAUAAGCAGAUCGGUGUUGUUGAAAAAGUUGGGUUGAAGUCUUGAAAUAAAUGUAUGUAGAUAUUAAAGAUGUAUCCCAAAGCAAAGUAUUUUUAAAUAGGGCACCAUUACUGGUGUAGUUAUCCCUCUGAGCUCUCCUAGCAACACACCCAUUUUACCAUGUCACUGGGGUCAGCUCAGCUGUGUUAUUUAGGAGACAACUUGAUUUCAGAAGAUGUGGCUUCAUUUAUAUUGUGCAUAUCCCAUAUUACACCUCUGGCAGCAACUCCUAAUAGAAACAUCAGCUGUAGAAGGCAGAACUUUUUCCCCAUAGAAACUAGUGCAGGUUAAAGAUUAGAGAAGCCCGCCCAUGUGCUUGACUGUGGGAAAAGUUACAAGUCUGGUGACUGCUGGGCACUUACUGUCCCCUCUCACUGUCCACAGGGUGUGCCACGUAUUAGUCCUUUUGCAUUCUGAAGGCAAGAAGGCGCAAAUCAACAUGUGCCUGUGUCAGUUAACAGCUUGCCUCGCCGUGGCAUCCCUUUGUGCCGCUGGUCUUGCCAAAUUGGGUAGCAAGAGGUGCUUGAAUAAUACUGAGUAUUUAUUGUGUAAUUUUAGGUGCUUAUACAGCCUUCCCUGCUAUUUUAAAGCAAAAUUUUGGGGAUCAGUAGCAUAGCAAUAGCUGUAUAACUCCAGCUUUCUGACCAUGCCAAAAGCAAGUUAUCCUUGGAAUAGUUUAAUUAGCAAUGGUGUAGAUAGUAGCAAUCAAUACCUUGACGCUCCAAGUUCUGAUUAUUGGAAGGGAGCAUCUCUGCUUUGAAUGCAAAGCAUCACAGAGUUUGCAAUUCACUACAGAUUUCAGUGUCCCUUCUACUUAGGAACCACCCAUGACAUCUUAAGUCUUCUCAAAUUACAGCUUAGCUAUUGCUUAAAUAACUGUGUCUUUCACCUCUGGUUGUUUAAAUCAUCCAACUUCAAGCAGUUUUAUGAAUGCUAUUUUAAUUCAAGAUACUCUUAAGAUGUCUUACAGCAUUUCUUGUGGAUGUUCUAGUACAUUGGUAAUAAAUCAUCGUGGCCCAAAAUACUAAGGUAAACUGACCAUUGAACAGUUAAUUUUCCAGUGCUUAUUCUUUGUGCAUCAGCCUAAUAAUUCUCAGAAAAAAAAGCCUAAGUAUAAGCAUUAAAGUGGUUGAAAACUGUUUCCACAUUGUGUGUCUCAAACCAGUAACUAUUAUCACGCGUUUACUUGUGGAUUGGUCUCAGAAACAGGCUUUUAAUGAUGUAACUUGUUUCUCAGUGUCUGUCUUGUAAAUGAGACACGUCACUAUGCUGUGGUAACUUGUCUAGAAAUAACAUGCCUAGUGUACUAAUUGGUUUU